CCAGAGCAAUCGAAUGUCGACGUAGAUCUCCAGUCAUAACAUCCGCUAGGGAAGUCGAGAUAACCAUGGAUCUACACUAGAAUACACCAUUACAAGCCCAAAAGGAUUCAGAAAUGGAUUUUGGCGAGAACGCCGGGUCUGAGUCAGAAUCAGACUACCUUCCUAGUCCCACUGCCCCAGAACCUGAACCCAAUGUGACUGUGAAGGAAGAGGAAGAGGAGGGACAUAGUGACAUGGCUGACCCAGACCACCUCUCAGGUCUCAGCGUGGCAGAAAGACCCAUAUUUAAUAUGAUUAUCAAAGAAGAGGAGGAGGAAGAUGACGAAGCAGAGGAAGUUGAAAUGGUUUACCCGGGAGACAGGAUAAAGUUGGACCCAGACUAUCUUCCAGAAGUGACCGUGGCAACAGGGCAACCACAACACCAGAAGAAGAAGGCUGCGAAGAAGCUUCAUCCAUGUCCUGACUGUGGGAAGACAUUUGACAGACCAUCACACCUAGAGAGACAUGAGAAUACCCAUACCAGAAUCAAGAAGCUGGCCCCCGACUACACUUGUUCUUACUGUGGCAAGAUCUUCGCUAAACCGUCAAAGCUGGCUCGGCAUGAGCGAGGACAUACUGGAGAGAAACCGUACUCUUGCUGCAAGUGCGGGAAGUGCUUCGCUGAGCCGGGGCACAGGAAGAGUCACGAGCUGACGCACAAUGAAGAGAGACCGUACACCUGCGCCGAUUGCGGGAUAGGCUUCUUCAACCAGUCCAAGCUGCAACGGCACCAACGCACACACACGGGUGAGAAACCGUACUGCUGCACCGAAUGUGGGAAGACUUUUGCUCGGUCAGGAGGCCUAAAGACUCACUGGCUAAGCCACACGGGAGAGAGACCAUACCUCUGCUCUGACUGUGGGAAAAGCUUUUUCAGCUCUGGGGACCUGAAAGUCCACCACUUGACCCAUACCGGAGAGAAACCACACUGCUGCUCCGUGUGCGGGAAGGGUUUUGCGCAGAGGGGGAAUAUGCGGGCUCAUGAACGGUCUCACUCGGGGGAAAGGCCUUACAGCUGUGCUGACUGCGGGGCCAACUUCGCCCAUUCUAACUAUUUAAAGAUACACCGGCGCAUUCACACGGGAGAGAGACCCUUCCCUUGCCCUGUCUGCGGCAAGAGGUUUAUUCUAUCCGGGCACCUCGGAAGACACCAGAAAACACACAUACCCAAAAACAACACUUAGGAGAACACACAUAUCCAAACACACUCAUGAGCUUACUGAAGUAUAUGCUCCCCCGUGAAGAUCCGCCCUCAACACUUCUCUCUCAAUUCUGUGUCCCAAAUGACACCCUGUUUCCUGUAUGGUGCACUACCUGGUCAAAGGUCAAACCUAUAUAGAGCAGAGGGUGCCCAUUGUCCUGUUCCACUGUUUGAAUCUAAACAUUGUAUAGA